UUAAUCGUGGCGCGAGUGCAAUGUUUCUUUUGGACAAAAUACUGCCAUUUAUUUUCGGCUAUAUUAGGCCGUUUAUCAAAUGGUUCCUCCACGUUUUUACGCGUCUAUCGGAGCUGCAGCGCAUCUGCUACGGAGCCAAGGCGGGAGCGAGUCGAACGCGGCAGGUCGAGCGUUCCCUGCAGCUGUCGAAGCAUCCGGACAUUAAGUGCCUGUUAUUGGAAUUGGAUCAGGCGGCGCCAUAUGCUGAUGAUGCGGAAUUGUUGUAUUUUGCGCAACGAGCCACCCACGUAAUUGGCAAAGUAAAAAAGAUUAAGCCGAAUGUACAUCCCGAUUUCGGACGCAUCUUCGGCAAUUGCAUCACUGCCAUUUAUGGUUAUAAACGCUUAAUGCAUACCGCAGAGCAGCUGCGAGCCGAAAAGUACGAUGCCGAGAAUCCGGAACACGAACAGAAACUCCUGCAAUUAUGGCGUCUGCUAAUGCCGGAGGAGCCACUGACGGCCCGCAUCACCAAACAGUGGCAGGAUAUAGGCUUUCAGGGCGAUGAUCCCAAAACUGAUUUUCGUGGCAUGGGCAUGUUGGGCUUGGAAAAUUUGCUAUAUUUUGCGCGCGUCUAUAAUGAUGCGGCCAAACAUGUGCUGCUCCACUCCAAGCACCCCACACUGGGCUAUACGUUUGCCAUUGUGGGCAUAAAUCUUACCUCUAUGGCCUUUAAAUUCCUGAAAACUGGGGCUGUGAAGACGCAUUUUUACAAUCAGGCGGCGACAUAUAAACAACAUUAUAGCACUUUAGAAGAUUUUCAUAAGCUAUAUUGCUACUUAUUCUUCGAGUUCGAUCGCUUCUGGAUGGAGAGCGAUCCACGCGAUAUAAUGGACUUCCGGGAGAUCUACCAGGCAUUCGAAAUUUCAAAACUGGAGGCCCUGCACAAGGAUAGCACACUUUUUGUAACGAAUCUCGUCGUCGAAUCGGUCUAAACAAUAAUUCAUAGACCCUACAGCCGGCCACAAUACAUACUUUAUACAUUUGUAUAAAUAAAGCUUAAAACCACAAACAA